UUUACAGAGUACAUCUCCAUAAAAUAGAUCCCGCCGUUCACUAUCUGGAAGCAAUGGCAGGGUUGAAGGAGCUCACGGACUUGAGCAGGCUGCAACUCGCUGGACUGCUUGUUGUGACCGUCGUUACUAUUCCCCCAUCAGUGACAUUACAGGACCGUUUGGGGCCAGUUUCACUCGGCUGCAUACCCAUCGCAUCCUCAAGGGAGACCAAAAUCUGGAACUCAUUCGGUUACACGGUGAACAUGGAUACUUUGUUCGUGUGGCUCACAAUGAGGUCAGCGUCAGUCAUUCCUGAUGCCAUUCGCAAAAUCCUAGGAGCAACGCUUCACAAGGACAAAUGGUACAAGAUAAUAGCCUUCCCAGAUGGCCGUUUCGAGAACCCCAUGUCCGCGACGGACCCCAGAGUGAAGAUGGAGUUGUCCAAGCACCUUGCGCCUGCCUAUACUCUCUCCAACCUACUGGUAAAUGAGAGGAACAUCAGCGAAACCAUCGAGCUCCUGCUGGGAUGGCUGAACAAGUUUGCUUCUUCUGGCGACCCAAUCGACCUGGGUAAAUAUUUCACCCUCGCCCCUUCAGACAUUGUAGGCGACGCUGUCUUCUCCAAGCAAUUCGGUUUCUUGCGCGAAGGCCUCGAUAUUAACAACAGCAUCGCCAACGUUUCGCCUAAUCCAGUCAUCACCUGGCUAAAUAUUACGCCGUGGGGCCACCUCAUUGACACAGCAAUGUCGGCUAUCAAGGAGCGUCAGAAGAACCAAGAUGCCCGCGUAGAUGCCGUCGCUCACUGGUUCCGAAUGCUCCAUCAGCAUCCCAACCGUAUGCAGCUGCACGAGAUCCACAGCGCCGCCUUCAACGCUGUCGCAGCAGGCAACGAAACCGUCGCCUCUGGGCUGCAAGCGUUCGUGUACUAUGUGAUUCGUCACCCAAACGCUUGGGGGCGUACGAGAGCCGAAAUCGAGACCGCUGGCCUUGAAGGCCCUGUGAUCGGUUACAUGGACGCACAGAAAUUGCCGUUUUUGCAAGCGUGUAUUAAAGAAACGCUUCGGGUAUUCGGACCGGCGCCUAUAGUGCUGCCGCGCAUUGUGCCCGAGGGCGUCCUGACAAUUGGUGACCGGACUAUCCCACAAGGUACCAUUGUGUCUAUGAACAUCUGGGGUAUGCAUUACCUUUGGGCCCCAAGUGCUGGCGAAUUCAACCUAGAUAGGUGGCUAGGUGAGGAUGCAGCGCAUCUCUCAAAAUAUUAUAUUCCCUGGGGGAUGGGCUAUGCUUCCUGUCCCAGGCAGAACCUUGCGCGAAUCGAGCUGUACAAAAUUUGUGCAACGCUUGUGCAAGACUAAACAUCCGGCAAGUUGACCUGAAGCAAGAAUGGACUUGGAAGGCUUUCUUCACUGUGGUUCCGCAUAACUCGCCGUGCUAUGUCGAGAGGCGGACUAAGAAAACCACUUCCUAGGUGCAAUACAUGUCAGCAGGGAUGCCUGGAUGCCCAAUUCUCCACACUUCUGCAUUUAUGAUAAACGUUCACACUUUUCCUACUUCUGUUAGGACACUCCUCAGGUCCCAUUUCUUUCUCUCCUACUCUCUCUCACGGACACGACCUUACCAACGUAUAGCCUUGAUCAACUAUCUCCAAUGCACUAGUAGUUAGUAUAAUAUAUACCACAUAGUUUAUGUAUUCAAUUGAAUUACCCUCGUAAUACAUUUGAUCAACCCUAGACAGAAUUCC